AGUGCGGAGCCAGCGGCGGCCAGCCGGAGUGUGAGGCGUGAGCUGCGCGGGCUCGGCGCGGAGUGGGGCAGAGCGGGCAGAGCACCAGCGAGUGAGAGCGAGAGGGAGAGGUCUGCUCGGCCUGAUCCGCGCCCCUCCCCCCGCCGCCUGCUCCAGCACGCGGCCUGCACGCUGCGCCUCGCGUGGCGCCCCGGGGCACCCCCGCGGGGCCUGGGGUAGCCCUUGGGGUUGCUCCUGGGGUAGCCCUUGGGGUAGCUCCUGAGGUACAGGGGGCCCUCAUUAGCCCCCACGCCCCCGACAUGCCCUCCCCCUGCACGGCCCCGGGCGGGGGCCCCUCGGGGGCCCGGGGGGAGGGCGACCCCCCCAGCGCUGCAGCGUGACUGCAGCGUGACCACCGCCUGACCUGACCACGGGGUGACCCUGCGCCACCCUGCGCGCGGCCUGACCUUCGACUGCAGGGGGCACCAGGACGCGCUCGAGGAUGGCGCCCGCGCCCGAGGCGGGCGGCGUCGCCAACGCCUCGGACCUCUUCGACUGGCUGAACGCGACGCAGGCCGCCGCGGACGGCAAGGGCGGCGGCUGGGAGUGCUCCAGACCGAGGCUGGGGCAUCCCGUGGCCCUGGCCGUGGCGCCCGCCCUGGAGACGCUCUUGGCCAACAUGAAGCUGGCCUUCAUGCUGCACGUGUACGGCAUCGCCUGCCUGUUCGGCGUCCUGGCCACCUACACCUUCUUCUCGCUCAUCAACCUCAGGACGCUCAUCUCGAGCCGGCCGUUCAUGACCUCCAUCAACGUGUUCCUGUGCCUGCUGGGCGCGUCACGCGCGGCCUACCUGAUGCUGGACCCGUACAACCUCAGACAGUUGAUGCCGCGCAUCCUUGGGGCGCUGCUCUGGGACUUGGCUUUCCCUUGCCUCACAUCGGCCUUCUGCCUCAUACAGCUCGCCUUCUUCCAGCUCACCCAGGUAGGUACAACGUGA